GGGUACCCGCCCACCCAACUAAAAAUACCCGUCCUCAUCACCUUCAUUCAUCCUAUAACCAAAAAUCGACCGCGGUGGUGGGAACGAACAAACAACACUGUUUGCAAUGUUCCAUUCGCAAAACACAAGCACCCAAUUCCAGUACCCAUACCUCAAACAUUAAAACCCCAUCUUUUUCAAAAUCAAUUACUAACCCUAAAUUCCAUUAUCUCCCUCAAUCUUCUGCAUCAUUCAAGCUCAACUUAGGGUUUUAUUUAUCUCACUAUCUCGCAACAAAAGCAAUUCAAUUCAAUUAACCAGAGAUGUCAAAAAGGAAGUUCGGAUUCGAAGGUUUCGGCAUAAACCGUCCAUCAACCUACAGUUUCGAACGAUCUGAAGCUCCUCAACGACUCUACGUUCCUCCUUCAUCGCGUAAAAGUCACGACAACUACGAAGACAAUGACCUCGAUAACAUCGAGUUCGAUGAUGAUGCCAACGAAGAAUCAAACAACAACGACGAUAAUAGUAACACCGUUAAAGGCGGUGAUGGUGGUGAGGAAGAGGAAAUCGAUCCAUUAGAUGCUUUUAUGGAAGGAAUACACGAGGAGAUGAAGGCGGCACCGCCUCCGAAGCCGAAGGAGAAGUUGGAAGAUAGAUACAAAGAUGAUGAAGAGGAUCAUAUGGAGAGUUUUUUGAGGGCGAAAAAGGAUUUAGGGUUGACGUUGGCGUCGGAUGCCCUUCAUGCUGGAUAUGAUUCUGAUGAAGAGGUUUAUGCUGCUGCUAAAGCUGUGGAUGCUGGUUUGAUUGAUUAUGAUUCUGAUGAUAACCCUAUUGUUCUUGAUAAGAAGAAAAUUGAACCUAUAGCUCCUCUUGAUCACACUGAAAUUGAUUAUGAACCCUUUACUAAAGAUUUUUAUGAGGAGACACCUUCAAUUUCAGGUAUGAGUGAGCAAGAUGUAACUGAAUAUAGGAAGAGUUUGGCUAUUCGGGUAUCGGGUUUUGAUUGUCCUAAGCCAGUGAAAACAUUUGAGGAUUGUGGGUUUGCUUCACAAAUUAUGUCUGCUAUAAAAAAACAAGGUUAUGAGAAGCCCACGUCUAUACAAUGCCAAGCUUUACCGGUUGUGCUUUCUGGUAGAGAUAUCAUUGGCAUAGCGAAAACUGGUUCUGGUAAAACUGCUUCUUUUGUGCUUCCUAUGAUUGUGCAUAUCAUGGAUCAGCCUGAACUUCAGAAGGAGGAGGGUCCUAUUGGAGUGAUAUGUGCACCUACCAGAGAAUUAGCACAUCAGAUAUAUCUCGAGGCGAAGAAAUUUGCAAAAGCAUAUGGUAUACGUGUCUCUGCUGUCUAUGGUGGAAUGUCAAAACUUGAACAGUUCAAAGAACUGAAAGCAGGCUGUGAGAUAGUUGUUGCUACACCGGGGAGAUUGAUAGACAUGCUAAAAAUGAAGGCAUUGACAAUGCAAAGAGCAACUUACCUGGUGCUUGAUGAGGCUGAUCGAAUGUUCGAUCUUGGAUUUGAGCCACAAGUAAGGUCCAUCGUUGGUCAGAUUAGGCCGGACCGCCAAACUUUGCUCUUUUCUGCAACAAUGCCUCGCAAAGUUGAGAAGUUAGCCAGGGAAAUCCUUUCCGAUCCUAUUAGAGUGACCGUGGGAGAGGUGGGGACAGCAAAUGAAGAUAUUACUCAAGUUGUUCAAGUAAUUCCGUCCGAUUCUGAGAAGUUACCGUGGCUUCUGGAGAAACUGCCCGAAACGAUUGAUCAAGGUGAUACUUUAGUUUUUGCUUCCAAAAAAGCCACCGUGGAUGAAAUUGAAUCGCAAUUGAGUCAGAGAGGUUUUAAAGUUGCUGCCCUGCAUGGUGAUAAGGAUCAAGCUUCUCGUAUGGAUAUUCUACAAAAGUUUAAAUCCGGCACUUACCAUGUGCUUAUUGCAACUGAUGUUGCUGCUCGUGGUCUUGACAUAAAGUCAAUUAAAACCGUGGUAAACUUUGAUAUUGCUAAAGAUAUGGACAUGCAUGUCCAUCGCAUUGGAAGAACAGGUCGUGCCGGUGACAAGGAUGGAGUUGCAUACACUCUUAUAACUCAAAAAGAAGCACGAUUUGCUGGUGAAUUGGUUAAUAGCUUAGUUGCUGCAGGUCAGAAUGUGUCGACGGAGUUGAUGGAUCUUGCUAUGAAGGAUGGGAGAUACAGGUCGAAACGGGAUGCGAGAAAAGGAGGAGGUGGGAGGAAAGGCAAAGGCAGGGGUGGGGGUGCCGGUGGCAAAGGUGUGCGUGGAGUGGAUUUUGGCUUGGGCAUUGGAUAUUCUGCAGAGCCAAACAAUGCAUCAUCUAACACAGUUCCAAGUCGGUCCGCUGCUGUUAAUUCUCUGCGAACAGGAAUGAUGUCCCAAUUUCGAAGCAGCUUUGUUGCUGCAUCAUCAACCUCCCAAAAUGAAGGAUUCAGUAAUACUACAAGUGUGGCUGUUAAUAAGAGACCAACACUCGCUGGCUUUGUAUCUGGUGGAUCAAUUGGUGGCGAUAUAAAUACUCGUCAGCAAACUGCUUCAUACAAUCCUGCUGCAUCAGCCGUAAAUUCCACCAGUCAAAGUUCUGGAGUUCCUGGUCAGAACAGCACAAACAGCAGUUCUAAACCUAGAGAAAGGCGGAGGCCAUCAGGUUGGGAUAGAUAGUUUGUCUCAUUAAAAUGACACCACCACUGUCAAAUGUAUGAAUGCUCCUAUUCGUAGGUGAAGUAUUUAUUUGAUUUGGCUUGUAUUAUCAAUUGAUAGAGCAGAGUGGACAGAAAUGAAUAACACUGUAAGAAUUGUAUUGAAUAUUGAAAAAAAGUGAGCAAACUCUCCCUCCCUCAGAGGUAA